GUAAGAAGCACUUUCAGAUUACUACAAAAAAUGAACUUGGCUGCCGUGGAGUCUCCAGCAGCAGUCUCCUAUACUAAGAGCAUGAUCUGGCUGUUCCAGUUUCUCACGCUUGUCUCCUGCCUUGGCUCAGGAAACGCAGUUACACAAACCACAGCAACCCCAUUGCUGGUGGUGAAUGGGGUGCUGGGAGAGUCAGUAACUCUCCCCCUAAAGUUUCCUGGAGGACAGGAUACCAGUGUCAUCUGGCAUCAUGAUAAAAUAACUAUCGUCUUCAUACAGCCAAAGGGAGCACAAAUCCAGGUGAUUGAUCCGAAACGGAAAGAUCGACUGCAUGUUGCCCAGUUCUACUCCUUGCAGAUCAACAACCUGACUAUGGCAGACAGUGGAUGUUAUUACGCCCAAAUAAGCACAUCAAGCUCCACAGAGAUUUCCAAAUACAAUCUGGGGAUAUUCAGACGACUGAGGAACUUACAAGUCACUAAUCACACUGAACUCUCUGACAAUGGGACCUGUGAGAUCCACCUAAUCUGCUCUGUGGAGAAUCCAAAUGACCAUGUCUCAUUCAGGUGGCAGAUCACAGGAAACACACCUAUAGAGGAAGCAAACCUCACUAUCUCUUGGAACCCCAAGAAUUCCAGUGAACAAACCUACACUUGCACAGCUAUGAACCCUGUCAGCAAUUUAUCCUUUUCUCUCUCUGCCCAAAGUCUCUGCAAAGGUGCUUUUAACAAGAAAAAUCAACACCCAAAUAUCAUAUGGAUUAUAAUAGUGCUUUCUUUUUUCUGUAUUGCUAUGUGGCCAAUGUUUGUUUGGAGGAAAAGAAUGACAGGUUUCUUACAGUUUUCUACUCAUCAAACCCAGAAUCAUGUAGAGAUCCUAAGGAACUCAGACUAUGGCCCAAUCUCUCCAGGAAACACUGUGUAUGCUCAGGUCACUCAUCCAAACAUGAAAACAGAAAUCCCAAUACCUAUGAAAAACAAUGAUUCCUCCACAAUUUACUCCACAAUUUCUCAAUCCCAACAGGGCAACUGUCAUCAUCUAGGUUGCUGAAAGGUAUCAAAGGAUUUCAGGAGUGACACAUCUUCUCCUGAUCCCAUGGGAGAGAAGAGAGCUUAGUUUCUGCCUGAAAAUAGAAUUUGAAUAUCUAGGACUAUCACUUCCAGCUCUCCAGACUUAAACCUGCUUACCUGGCUCAAAAAUUUAAGGAAUAACAUCAUUUUCAGCCUGUGAUCCAAAUAACAUUUUCCAGUCUGCUCCAGAACAAACCAUGCUUCAGAUAAUACACCUGGAAACUAAGCAAAUGGAAUUAUGGUUGACAAAGAGACUAUAAUUCAGAAGAUAACCAUUUCUCUCCUUUUAGAAAGCAGCAGAAUUGUGACCCAUUGGGAGAGAGUACAGCAUGUUGGUUACAUGUGCUGUCUCUAGAGUUCGAUGGACUCCUGCUCAAAUCAUUUACCCUAGACAUAUCUCCUGGUACAUGCUACUGAAGAUCUUGGGCCUUUGGUCUCCCAGAGUGAAAAAGGAUGGUAGUACAUCAGCUGUUACCCAAACCAGGAACUUGAGUUAUCUUUGGUUUUAGCUUUUCCUUCACUAGGCCCUUUGGAGUCUACCUCCAAAUAUACAUCUUAAACCUAUCCACGUCUUCGGAAAUCUUCAACCACCAUCCUAUAUCUAACCAUCAUCAUCUCUACUCUGGAAUGCUACAAUAAACUCUGAACAACUCUCCCCAAUUUUUGCUCUUACCUCCCUUUACUCCAUUUUCCACAAGACAGCCAGAAUCAUAUUUUUAAUAUGAAUUGGAUCUUUUACUUGUCUACUUAAAGCUCUGUGAGAUUUUCCCAUGCACUGGAAUGAAACUGCACCUCCACAGCUCUGGCAGGUCUGGCCCAUCUCCAGCCUCAGCUAUCAUCACUCUCCCACCUCUAUCUCUAUUUAUCCUCACUGAUCCUCCUUCAGUUCCUCUAUUAGAUGAAAGAUUUAUUUAUGUUGAAGUUAUUCACAUCUGCCUUAAGGCCCUUCCUCUGCCUGCCUGGCUUCUUAUUCUUUCAGGCUUAGCUCACAUAUGUCAUCUUCUAAAAGAAACCUUCUCAGCCCUGACCAGUGUGACUCAGUUGGUUGGAGCAUUGCCCCAUAAUUGAAGGAUUUCAAGUUCUAUUCCGGGCCAGGGCACAUGCCUGGUUUGCAAGUUCAUUCAUUCCCCCAUCCAGGCAGAUGUGUAGGGGAAGCAGUCAUACAUGCUUCUCUCUCAUAUUGAUGUUUCUCUCCCUUCCUCUCUAAAAUGCAAUGAAAAAAUAUCCUUAAAUAAGGAUGAAAAUAUAACAAUAAAUAAACAAGACCUUCUCAAACACUCUAUCUGAAGUGCCCUCCCCAAUAUACUGUUAUAACUUCCAUGUCAUUUAUCACAUGUCAAUAAAUAUUUAUUUAUUUGUUUAAUGUUUGUUCUUCCUCCUAUACCACAAACCUUCCAGGAAUGGGGAUCAUAAUGAUUUUAUUUAUUACUCUUCCCCUAGCAUAGUAUCUAGCACAUAAUAAGUGUUCAAUAAAUCUUUUUAAUAAAUAAAUGAAUACAUAAUAAA